AAACACGCAAUCAGUCUCGCCGGCAGUGGACUCGCGCAAAGUCGCCUGUGUCAAAACAGAAAAAGGAAAGCAAAAAAGAAAACAUUAAAAACUUUUUACUUUUUUUCAAAUUUCGAAUUCGUGAUUUGGAUUUGGAAAAGGAACUCCUGCCCUUGGGAAUUUUGCUGCGUUUUUUUGAUAGAACCUCGACAAAAAGAUGCGCUGCUCAACGCAGGUUUAACGAACAACAGUCCAUAACAACAAGAAGAUUGAAAGAAAAAACUAUUGUAAAAACGUUAGUUGCUACACCGUUGCCAAGAUGUCGAAUGUCGAGACGAACGUCGACAAUAAUAUGAACAAGACUGACUCUGCUUUGCAGAAAGUACAGUUUACGAAAAGCUCUGACGUAGAGAAAGGCAAGAACAGAGCUAAUGUGUCUUCAGUAAAUUGGGUGAAGAUUAUCACAAUGGUCAUAGCUGUGGCUGUGCUGGUGGCAGCAUGCACCGUCGCGUGGGUCUUCCAAAAUUGGCAGACCAGCCUCCAGGUGUUCGCCAUCUUGAUGGUGGUCUACGUCAUCGGGUUCUUCUGGAGAUGGAUCUACGUGGCCUGCCUGACUUUCCCCAGAGAUAUGAAGGCUUUAUACUGCUACAUUAAAAUAUUAAGACUAACGGGCAAUUUUACGAAGAAGAAUUGGUCAAUGCCAGAAAUCUUCCACGAGAAGGUGAAGAAACACCCGCACAAGGCAUGCUUCCUGUUUGAGGAUGAAACGUGGACUUUCCAACAGGUGGAAGAAUUCAGCCUACGAGCGACAGCGGUGUUCAGAGCUCAGGGUAUAAAGCGAGGGGACACAGUGGCUGUGAUGAUGAACAACUGCCCCGAACUGCCAGCAACUUGGCUGGGCAUUACGAGGGUCGGUGGCGUAGUCCCACUCAUCAACACCAACCAAACCGGCAAAGCUCUUCUCCAUUCCAUUAAUGUUGCUCAUUGUGAUGCUGUUGUUUACGGUAGCGAGUUUGAUAGUGCAAUCCAAGACCUGAAGAAGGAGCUGAAACCAAGUUUGAAGCUAUUCAAGUACACUAGACGUCCUUUGAGCCCCACUUCGAACGCUGUUGCUUUAGUGGACAACAAUGACUUCACCGCAUUGUUGGAGAGCACACCACCAGCGCCCUGGACACCUUCGGAAGGAGAAGGCUUCAAUGGAAAACUACUCUACAUCUACACUUCUGGAACCACUGGCCUUCCUAAGGCUGCUGUUAUUUCGCCCUCAAGAAUGGUGUUCAUGUCGUCAGGAGUUCACUACCUAGGCAGCUUGUCGUCCAAUGACGUCAUCUACUGUCCCAUGCCGUUGUACCACUCCGCUGGUGGAGUCAUCACUGUAGGGAUGGCCUUCAUCUUUGGAUGUACCGUCGCUCUAAGGACCAAGUUCUCAGCUUCCUCCUAUUUCCCAGACUGCAUCAAGUAUAAUUGUACGGCUGCUCAUUACAUCGGAGAGAUGUGCCGUUAUGUCUUGUCUACGCCUCCCGCUUCGACCGACAAGCAACAUAAAGUUAGAACCGUCUAUGGAAAUGGAAUGAGGCCCGCUAUUUGGACCGAUUUCGUCAAGAGAUUCAACAUAAAGAGAGUUGUGGAAUUCUACGGAGCUACUGAAGGCAACGCCAACAUCGUGAAUGUGAACAACAAGACUGGCUCCAUAGGAUUCGUAUCGAGGAUCAUACCGGCAGUGUAUCCUAUUGCCAUUCUGAAGGUUGACCCCGAAACCGGCGAGCCGGUCAGGAACUCUAAAGGACUGUGCAUGCUAGCUAAACCAAAUGAGCCUGGUGUUUUUAUCGGGAAGAUCAAGCCGAACAACCCUUCGAGAGCCUUCCUCGGCUACGUGGACAAAGAGGCAUCAGAAAAGAAAGUUGUGAGAAACGUCUUCACUCAAGGAGACUCUGCCUUUAUAUCGGGUGAUAUUUUAAUAGCUGACGAGCUGGGCUACCUGUACUUCCGUGACCGUACUGGGGACACGUUCCGGUGGCGAGGAGAGAAUGUGAGCACUACCGAGGUGGAGGCUGCUAUCUCAAGAGUCGCAGACCAGAGGGACGCCGUGGUUUAUGGUGUUGAGAUUCCCAACACCGAUGGUCGAGCAGGCAUGUGCGGUAUCGUAGACGCGGAUAACACCCUCGACUUGGACAAAUUGGCGAAAGACAUCUCGAAGGAUUUGCCCAAAUACGCACGGCCGAUAUUUAUUAGGAUUAUGACUUCCGUUGAUAUGACCGGUACGUUUAAGUUGAAGAAAGUAGACCUCCAGAAAGAAGGAUUCAACCCAGCUGUAGUUAAAGAUAAAAUGUAUUUCUUAGACGCGAAACAAGACAAAUAUGUUCCACUAGGCAAUGAAGAGUAUGAAAAAAUUAUGUCCGGAGCUAUUAGACUGUGAUUUAUUUAAUAAAAUUGUAUUAUAAUUAGAGUAAGUUACUAUUAUUAUAGCAGUGCUGUGAUGAGCGCGGUAUAAAAGUGAAAUGAAACUAUAACUUAACUACCUAUGAAGUAUGAAUAAACAUAAAGAUAAGACAGUGAAACCGUGAAUAAGUAGUAAAUCUAAGUAUGCAAUGAGGCACUUUCCAGGCUAAGUUCGCCAAAAAUAACAUAGAUAGCGCUGUGGUGAUUUAACGUGUUAAUUACCUAUUUUCUCAUUACUCGGGUACGUAAGUACAUAAUUAUUCAAAAAUACAAUAUAAUGGCAGAAGCAUAUAUAAAAAUAAUUGUUGAUUGAUAUUGGGAUCAGAUAUGGUAUAGAAUUACGUUACUACCUAUAAUGUUUCUCUUUAUUUUGAUCAGAAUAAUAAUGGUUGGAAGAUGUAAUUGUGCCUGGGUGUAAUAAAAAGGGUCAUAAUUUAUACCCAAAAACAAAGAUAAAAGAUACAUAAUGUCUGUUAUCCAUGAAGUGAGAUGGUUAAACGAAGGAAAAUCUGUACAGCGCCAUCUAUACUGUUUUUGAGGAACGUGGCGUAGAAAAUGCCUCAUUACUGGUGCAUACAU